UGUCGUGGGCUUUUACUUUAAUACUGCAGCGCUGAACAUGGGCCAAAAACAAAGACUUUCUGUUGGAGAUUAUGCAAGGAAGUGAUGUUCUGGCAACAACGCCCCAUUGUAUUGCCAUGGUUUGCUUCUCUUGGCGUGCUUGCCGCGGGCCGAUUGCUGAAAUCUUCGUCUUUGUACCAUGCGACAGCCUGCACCAGCCAGGCGAGUAGCUGCUCGCGCAUUCCUUCCUUCAGAUACUUCUCCUUUGAGCUCGGUGCCAUGCAGGCGGUGUCAGGGUCGAAAAAACACUACGACAGUGCACCACAUCAUCGUAUAGUCCGUGCAGGUUGUGGACACGGUCACGGUCUUGAACAAGAGGUGCGCAUGAAAUGAUUCACCAACUUGGGUCAAAAGGAACGUGUUGUCCACUGUC